GCGGGAAGUUUAAAACAGAAGACUUGGAAAAACGUGAAGGUCGAAUUGGAUCUGCGAUUCUGUGCUCGCGGCUCGCCUGGAGAAUUAGAAGACCUGAAACAUGAUUUCUGAAGAUCUAAUAUUGAAGGCUUGAAGCCUGCUAGCCGAAGCUUCAACUCACCUGCUCCCUCAAGGUUAGCCGUCCAGCCGUCUCUAGCUCUCAGCCAUCGUUCUACCUCUUUCUUCUCUUACUCUUCCUAUUCUCUUCCCCAAUUUUUGACAAAGUUGAACACCUCCAAAUCACUGGUCAUUAUGAGAAAGAAAAAUCCUUCAACUUCACUUCAUGAAAACAUUGAAGAAGAAAAAUCAAAGGUUUUUGAAGUUCCUAAAUUAGAAACCAUUGUUCCUGAUGAUUAUGUUUUUCCAAAGAUGAAAAUCGGUGUUAAGUCCUCCUUGGAAGGCUUUCAAGACAGGAUGAAGACUGAUUUAAUCAAUGACUUGGAUGUGUUAGAUGAUUUUCGGAAAACCAUAUUUGGAGCAUACUUAGACAUUCAAGAUUAUGUCCAUUCAUCUGGUGUGAUGUGGCAACUUCUAGUUAGAGAGUCUUCCACAAAAAGGGAGAAAGAGAUGUGGUUUGUUGUUAAUGGAUUGCCCAUUGUAAGAUGGCUACUCUUCCAGCUCAGGUCUCAAUCUUCAUCCACAAAGGAUGAUAAACCACUAAGAAUCACUAAAGGGGGAAUUGGGCGUCAGCCUUCAACCUUAUUUCCGGCCAAAUCAGUUUUGGCUCCACCGAGGAGCAAAGGGACGAGGUGCGUGAAAAGAGUAUCGGCCAGCCCAAUCGACAGGGAAGAGAAUAGCUUAAAUAGGAGAAGCAAUAAACUAUAGAAGGCAACUUACCUUCAAGGGAUUGAUGCCAGAAUAGCACUGGCUGGAACAAGGAAAGAAUCGCACCAGAGGGAGUAAGCCGAUCAAGAGACAAGUCGGUGCAAAUGGAUGGAUUUAAGAAUGGGUCUGGUGCAACCAUACCAAUAUUGGACUUAGGGAAAAAUAAGUGGGCCAAUACCUAACACAUUCUCCACCUUAUUGGACCCUAGUGGUGUAGAGUCAAAACUCUAAUACAUAUAUGAGACUCAUCAUCGCUGGAUUGCCCGAAUAAUCACAAAGACAUAUUCAGGCAAAAAAGGGUAAGAUCACCAGGCAACUUAUCCGCAAUCAAUGUUUAACGUGCGUUUGCAUGACAACAACUUUUCGACCGAGAGACAUUUAGUCCCCAUGUCAGCAGGAUUAAAUUCCGACGGAAUUUUAAUCAACUUGAUAUGACCUGCACUAACAAUAUCACGUAUAAAAUGAAAUCUAACAUCAAUGUGCUUAGUUCUAUCAUGAAAAACAGGAUUUUUACACAAUUGAAUAGCAGAUUGACUAUCAGAAAACACACAAAUGUCCUGCUUAAGACUACCAAUCUCCGUUAGGAGACGUUUAAGCCAAAUGGCUUCCUUAAACGCUUCGGUAGCGGCCACAUACUCCGACUCAGUGGUGGAUAGGGCAACUAUGGGUUGAAGCUGAGACUUCCAACUAAUGCAAGACCCACAAAGAGUAAACACAUAAGAGGUAGUGGAUUUCCUAUUGUCUCUAUCGUUAGCAAAAUUCGAAUCCACAUACCCAUUCAACUUAACCCCCUCAGAACACCUAGUGAAAACCAACCCAUGAUUAACAGAGGAUUUCAAGUACCUAAGCAACCACUUAAGAGCAUUCCAAUGAUCUAAACCAGGAUUAGACAUAUACCUACUCAAGCAACUAACAGCAUAGGCAAUGUCGGGUCUAGUACUCACCAUGAGAUACAUCACGGACCCAAUAGCAUUGGAAUAAGGCACAGAUUUCAUUUUAGCAAUUUCAGGAGCAGUCUUGGGAGACUGAUCCUUACUUAACACAAAGUGAGACGCCAUCGGGAUAGAAACGGGAGUAGCAGAAUGCAUGUUAUAUUUACUCAAAAUCUUUUCAAUGUAUGAAAUCUGAUUGAGAACUAACACACGCUUACUCCUAUCCCUAACAAUGUUAAUGCCUAGGAUCCUUUUGGCAUCACCUAGGUCUUUCAUAGCAAAGUUCUCACUGAGACGCUUUUGCACACAUUUAAUGGCGUCACCCGAAGGACUAACAAUCAACAUGUCAUCAACAUAUAGCAAUAAAAAUACAGGCACAGAAGAAGUAUUUUUAAAGUAUAGGCAAUGGUCGCAUUCGGACUUGUGAAAUUUCAAAGAUGACAUGCACUGGUCAAAUUUGAUAUUCCACUGCCUCGGGGACUGCUUCAGGCCGUACAAGGCCUUCCUAAGCAAACACACAUGAUCACUCUUCAUGGGAUCCACAAAGCCCUCAGGCUGGGACAUAUAGAUUUUUUUGUCUAAAUCACCAUGCAAGAACGCAGUGGUGACGUCCAUUUGCUUCAUUUCCCAAUCAUUAUGAGCAACAAGAGCAAGCAUCAUACGAAUCGUAGUAAAUUUAACUACAGGAGCAAAGAUUUCAGCAUAAUCAACACCUUCCUUUUGAGUAAAUCCCUUAGCUACUAACCUAGCCUUAUAUCUAAUGUCGUUAGGCUCUUCCUUAACCUUAAACAACCACUUACAGGCAACAACGGAACUAUUGGGCGGUCUAGGAACUAACGUCCAAGUCUUAUUCGCUCUAAGUGACUCCAUCUCACUUUCCAUGGCGCAAAGCCAUUUAGCGGACUCAUUAGACUUAAGGGCCUCUCUAUAGGUUCUAGGUUCGUUAAGCUCAAGGGUCUCAAACACAGAGAAAGCAAACAUAGAAGUAUCACACAUAUGGAAAGCAUAAUCAGGCAUACUAUCAGCAGUUCUCCUAAUUACCCUCCUACUUCUAUCUCUAACAAGUUGAUAAUCAUGCAAAUCAUUCUCACUGGCAUCCGCACUCUCAUCAUGCGAUUCAUUGUCAUUUGAAUGCACAUGAGAAUGCUCCACCUCACUCGAAGUGGUGGUAGUAUCAUGCUCAGAAGAAUCAGAAUCAUGCAAUUCAGAAGAAUUAGAAUCAUGCAAAACAACAUUAUCAUGAUUAGCAAACAAAGGGCUAGCAGCAUGUGGUAUGGACUCCACCUCAACGGGUGUACUACUAGGAUCAGACUCAGAAUCAGGAACUGACUUAACCAGACAAGGAAACUCGGAUUCAUUGAAAACAACGUUUCUACUCACCACAACUUUGAAACCUACCUGGUUCCUAUCCCAAACCCUAUACCCCUUCACACCCUCGGGAUAACCUAGGAAGACUCCUUUCUUAGACCUAGGAUCCAACUUGUCACCUUGUUGGUGCACAUACGCUGCACACCCAAACACUCUAAGAUUAGACAAAUCAAGGGGUUUGUUUGAAAAAACAGAUUCAGGGCACUUCCCACCCAAGGGAACAGAAGGAGACCGAUUAAUCAAGUAGACAGCAGUGUUAACUGCUUCACCCCAAAACUUUUUAGACAAACCGGCGGUGGUAAGCAUACUCCUAACCUUAUCUAGAACAGUCCUAUUCAUCCUCUCGGCUAUCCCAUUUUGUUGGGGAGUAUAGGGCACAGUUUUGUGCCUUCUAAUCCCACAAUCAACACACAGUUGGUCCAUGUCCUUAUUGCAAAACUCUAGACCAUUAUCUGUCCUAAGGGUUUUGACCUUCUUACCAGUUUGAUUUUCUACAAGGUUUUUCCACUCCCUAAACUUCACAAAGACAUCGGACUUAUGCUCAAGGAGACGGACCCACACCUUCCUAGAAAAAUCAUCAAUGAUGGACAGAAAAUAUCUCUUACCCCCGUGGGUAGAGACACUAGCAGGACCCCACACAUCAGCAUGAACAUACUCUAACACAGAGGUACACUUAGUAGGAUUAAGAUAUGGGGAGGAGGGGAAUGUAACCUUAUGCUGCUUGCCUAACACACAAGAUUCACAAAAGGGGAUGGGGGACACAGAAUCCUUACCAAAACAACCAGAUUUAUGCAAAAUCUCUAAACCCCUAUUACUCAUGUGUCCUAAUCUAUUAUGCCACAAAGCAGAUUUAUCAGAACUAACAACAUGAGCAGAAUCACAGAAAGGCUGAGCAUGGCACACAUACAAGUUAUUCACCUUUUUUGCCUUAAACAAAACAAGGGAAUUUUUCAAAACUUUCAUGCACCCAUUACCCCAUUUACCCUCUAAUCCACUACCCUCAAAAGCAGCGACAGAAAACAAGUUAUGACGCAAAUCAGGAACAUGCCUCACAUUUUUCAUAGUAAACACAGUCCCAUUAUCAAACUUCAAACAUACAUCACCCACCCCAUGUAUUUUGCAUUUCUUAUUAUCAGCAAGAGACACAAAACCAUCAUUGCAAGAAUCAUAAGAAGCAAACAAGGAUCUAAAAGGUGUCAUAUGAUAAGUACAACCAGAGUCAAUCAACCACUCAUUUUCAGUCAUGCUACUCAACACAGAAUUGGCAGAAUCACAAAUCAUAAAAACUUCUUCAUGCAAGUUAUUAUCAUCUACCACAUUAGCAUGUUCAGACUUCUUCGGAUGGGGACAAUCCUUAAUGAAGUGACUAGAAUUACCACAAUUAUAGCACACUCUCUUCUUAGACUUACCUCUCUUCUUCCCCGGGUCAUUGUUUUUGUUCUUAUCGUUGUUGCCCUUCUUAUGGUUUCUAGAUCUACUCUUAGACCUACCCCUCACAAACAACGCUUCACCUGAGUCCCUAGACUGACUGUUACUACCCCUCGAGUGUCUAAGGUCUAACUCCUUACUCCUUAAUCCAUUAAUGACUACAUCCAACGAGAUAUCAUCUCUACCAUACUUUAUGGCAGAUUUGACGUCAUUGUAUGAGUCAGGGAUGGCAUUAAGUAACACUAUGGGUGUGUAGUCAUCUAUGUGUUUAUCACCGGCUUGCUUAAUAUUCUGAAUAAGCUUGUUAAACACAUCUAGGUUCUCAUCUAUGUCCUUAGACAGGUCAAGCCUAAAUCUAAAGAACUUCUCAAGCAAAAACAAUUUACCAGGCAAAGAAGUAUCGGUAUACGUCUUAUCUAACUUGUCCCACAAAGCCUUUGCAGAAUCUAUAAUACCCACCUUCCUGAGUACUGAAUCAGAAAGGUUCAGGUAUAUAGAGGAACAAGCAGUUUCAUUCAUUUCAUCGCGCUUAGCAGCAUCCUCAGAGUCUAAAUAGAGACCAGUCACUGCUCUAUAGACUUUCUGUUGGAUCAACACACAUUUGAUUUUCUGUUUCCAGAUAUCAAAAUCUGUCUUUCCGUUAAAUGGAAGCAUGCCAUAUUGAUUGACAGCCAUAUUAACCGGAAAGCAAGCACAACACGCAAGAGAGUAAAUAAAAAUUAUCAAGCAAAGAAUAGUACGAAGCAACUAGCACGAACAAGCCGAGAAGACCAAUGAACGCAAGGCUCGGGUACAAUCUCCUUGUUCUUUCGUACAAGCAAGAUAAAAUUUUUAUUUACUCAACAGACAGAUAAAUGAUUAAUUAUAACCUAUAGGGCUAUCAAUUGUACGAAGCAACUAGCACGAACAAGCCGAGAAGACCAAUGAACACAAAGCUCGGGGUACAAUCUCCUUGUUCUUUCGUACAAGCACAAAUAGGCUAGAAUUAAAUCAAUAAGCAAAGAAACUGGAUUUAAAACUAAUCCGGACAGAAAUAUUCCCAACUUCGGACAACAAGUAUCCAAACAAAUAUUCUUAAUCGGAGAGUUUAUCCACGAAUCAAUACAGAAAAAUCAAAACUUAAAACGGAUUAAAUUUAAACCGAAAAGAGAUAUUCACAACUUUGGACACCAAGUAUCCAAACAAAAUACUCUUAACCGGAAAAUUAAUCCACAAAUCAAUCAACAGAAAAAACAAAAUUCAAACGGAUUAAAUUUAAACCGGAAGAAAUAUUCACAACUUUGGACAACGAGUAUCCAAACAAAAUAUUCUUCAACGGAAAAUUAAUCCACGGACCAACAAACAAGCAAUCACAAUUCAACUAACAAGCAAAGAGCAAUUCAACUUGAAAUUAAAACAAAUGAACUACGAAUAAGAAUCACACAAAGGAUUAGUAAACGUACCAGGGGCCGGGCACAGCCGGCUUCCAAGACCACGCAGGUCAGCAGCGGGGGAGCGGGGGAAUAAAAAAUCCGGUGGCACUCUGGUACUCCAAGGGUGUUUAUCGCCAAUUUACCUGAGCGGGGCCCGAGGUUGGGUUACCCGACUUACCGUAGGCAGCGUGGGCUGCUGUAGAGCACGGCGGCAAUGGACUGGACUGGCGGCAGCAGACUGAACCGGCGGCAGCAGGGCUGGACCGGUGAUGGCAGCAGCUUCUGGACUCCGGCAGAAGCUCUGGCUGGCUGGUUUGGCUCCUGGCAGACGGCGGCAGCACCCCUGGACCUCCGGUGACUUCUGGACAGCAGCGGACGGCGUCGACGCGGCGGCAGGCGGCGGCGUGGCGGCGGCAGACCUCUCCCGGCUCUGAUACCACUGUAAGAUGGCUACUCUUCCAGCUCAGGUCUCAAUCUUCAUCCACAAAGGAUGAUAAACCACUAAGAAUCACUAAAGGGGGAAUUGGGCGUCAGCCUUCAACCUUAUUUCCGGCCAAAUCAGUUUUGGCUCCACCGAGGAGCAAAGGGACGAGGUGCGUGAAAAGAGUAUCGGCCAGCCCAAUCGACAGGGAAGAGAAUAGCUUAAAUAGGAGAAGCAAUAAACUAUAGAAGGCAACUUACCUUCAAGGGAUUGAUGCCAGAAUAGCACUGGCUGGAACAAGGAAAGAAUCGCACCAGAGGGAGUAAGCCGAUCAAGAGACAAGUCGGUGCAAAUGGAUGGAUUUAAGAAUGGGUCUGGUGCAACCAUACCAAUAUUGGACUUAGGGAAAAAUAAGUGGGCCAAUACCUAACACCCAUUAGAUAUUCUUUGUCAGAGUUUGCACUUAUCACAGGGUUGAAGUGUUCAUUUCUCAAUCCAAAUUGGGAUGACGCAAAAGUAGAGGUUGAUGGAGAAAGUUGGGCAUCUUUUGUUGAAACUCACUGGCCAGAGGCAAUUUGUGAAGAAAGUUGUGAUGUGGUAAAUUAUCAUAGUGUAGUAAAUAGGUUCACACAACUUUGUAAGAAUCUCCGCAAAGAAAAAAACGAGAAUGCAAAAAAAAACGUGAUUGCUAUGGCGAAGUUAAUGUUCGUAGUCAUGGUAUUGUAUGCCAAGGAAGAUAGGAAAGCACAAAUUCCAGAGUGGAUGCUUGCAAAGGCUGCAUAUAAAGAAGACUUUGAUGCCUUUCCUUGGGGAACAUGGGCUUUUAUGCAUUCUCUUAAGGUGUUGGAAAAGAACCUUUGUGGGAAGAUGAAACGACUUGACGAAGGUGGCUCGAAAUCUUUCACAUAUGGUGGAUUUGUACUUGCGAUACCGAUUCUUGUGUAUGAGUGCAUUCCAUCUUUUGCUACUAAAUUUGCAAGAAGGAGGCCUCAAAUGAUACCCCCCGUCCCACGCAUUUGUUUAUGGAAGACAAGGUUUAGCAAAACAAAACCAACAAAUGUUGAGGUUAACGAGGCUUUGCUUUCUGUGACCGAAUUACAAAGUAUUCUUGUUCCGGAUGAGGUGGAGACACGGGCAGAAUGGAUGAGCACUUUCCAUAGUUUGAUUAGUACCCGUCAUGAUGCGAUAGAUGAUUAUGUUAAGGUGCUAGAAGAAUGUGUGACCACCGUAAGUCUAAAAAGGGAACAUAAUUAUGAUACAAAGAGGAGCGAGAAGAAAAUUAAGACUUCCUCACCAAAAAAUGUACCCCUUGCACCACAUCUUGUAAAAGACACUGCCUCAUCUCCAUCAAUUGGUGAAGGACCUCCAGUCCCACAUGUUGGGUGUUGUCUUCAGCCAAAAAGCAUGGCCACACCUUCUGGACACUCUCACACUCAUGAUAGUGAGUCAGAAUACCGCAUAAAAGAGUAUAUCCAUAAGAAGAUUGAUUUAUUGAGGGAUGAAUUCGAAAGCAAAAAUGAUGUUAUUAUAAAACUUCUUGAGAAGCUUAUUGCGAGGGGUGACGUGGUAGAGGUAGAGAAGGUUACCUCCAAUAAAAUCAGUGAAAUGUCAUCCAUGAAAAGAGAGAAUGUCGAAAAGGAAAAUACGUUGGAGGAUAAUAUGGUGGCGGAUGACCUCGUGUUGGAUGAACAAGACCAUCUUAGAGAUGAAAAUGUAGCCGGGGAACAAAGUAGCUUAUACCAUGUGCGUGGGGAGGAAGAGGUUGGAAAAGAGGUAUUGGGCCGUGGGCGUAGAAAGAAAGUUGAAUCUAGUUUACUACACACACCAUGGACUCGGAAUAAUCCAAAAAAAAAAGCCAAAACGGGUGAUUUCGUUAUCAACACCAAAAGAAGAAAAGCUAAGGUUUGUGGAGUUGUUAAUACAACAAAGGCUAGAGCAGAAAGUUGGCAUUGAAUGUCACAUGGAAGAAAGGUUUGAGAUUUCUGGCAUAGGGAAAAGAUGGUGGACUCAAUUAAUCACACCUGGUGAAUGGAUAGAGACAACGCAUAUGGGAGAGUAUUUAUAUGUUUUGCGGAGACGAGCAUUUUAUGAAUCUCAUUUAAUGAAGAUGGAUACCUUUGUUUUGAAUGAAUACUUCAGUGCAUGGUGCGAAAGAAGUCAUAUAACAUAUCCUGUCAUUGGGGACCGUCUUGAGAAGUACAUCAAAGGGGAGCUUAAAAUUCCGUUUUUAAAACCUUGGACGAAGGAGAUUCGGUCCGUUUAUUUUCCAUAUAGUAUAGAUUCUGGACAUUGGGUUGCGAUUAGAGCAGAUUUUGAUACAGGGUGUUUGACUGUGUUUGAUUCACUCAAGUCACACUGCACGGACAGUUAUCUUGAUAUUUUGUUGAGUCGUCUUCGGAGGAUAUUUCCUGUUUUAGCAAUGACUUCUGGACUCGACUCACAUACAAUGACUACAAAGCCAAUAUGGGAUGUGUGUAGACCUUGUGUUCCACAACAAACAACUAAUGAUUGUGGUGUUUUUGCAUUAAAGUUUAUUGAACUUGAUAUGCAAGGUGUUGGAUUUGACAGCUUGAAGGGGCUUCGGAGGGAAGAUAUGAAAAGACUUAGGUUACAAAUUGCAUAUCACAUUUGUAAGGAGAUUAAAAACAAACCAUAGUUUGUAUAUUAUAUGUAUUUUAUUUAUUUAGUGAAUGUAUAAUUACGAUUUAUGUCGAGUAGCUUUUAUGUGCUUGAUUAUGUUACUAAGUAUUUCUGAGUAUUUUAUAUGAUUGAAAUUAUCAUGAUGGUUGAAAAUGGGUAGAAC